AUGCGAAAUGGGAUUCUGUUUUGCUGUUGCUGCGCUGUUGCUGCUGCUGCUGCUGCUGCUGCUUUAGCAUCGGCCUUCGUGAAGUCUCUUGCUGCAGCAGAAAACGUCCUUUACUGCAGCAGCAGCAAGAGCUUUUGCUUUUUGAAUCCUUUCGAAGCAAUUCAGACUGCAGAUGCUCUCCACAAAACUGUUCAAAUGAGGGGACCCACAGGGCUGCGGCUGGACAGCAGCUUCAUGGCUGGCUGCAGCUCAGCACUUUCGCUGGUGAAUUGUUUGCUGGUGGAAAGGAGAGUUCGAGCAGUUCGAACAACAAAUGCUCACAAAAGGGGCAAAAGCAGGUGCCUCCGACUCGGGCCCAGCGGGGACAGCACCUGCGACUUGUACGACAAGAAGAAGUGCAGCAACUGCUACAAAAACAUUUGCUGCUUAAUUCUUUACCCCACAGGAGAUGCAGCAGCAGAAGACUCCAGAUUCAAAAUUGACAAAGAA